CCCCGCCCUCCUCUUCGGCAGUCACAUGGCCUCUUCUGAGCUCUCGGGUGACAUUUGGGCGCAAAUAAUCGAAGGACGAGCCGUGUCAUGCCGCCGCGUUGCCAUUGGGUUUGUUCGUCCGCAGCUCCCAGCUCGGCGCCGACCGUCCGGGCAGCAGCAGCCGGCAGCGGGCGGACGUGAGGCGGCCAUAAAAGGCCGUUGACAAGCAGGAAGUGGCCCACCACGGUUCGUCGACGAGUGGCCGCGGGCAAACCGAGGAAGCGGCCAUGUCAAACGAACGCAGCCCACUCAUCACUUCAGGGGUGUGCGGUCUGACCAUGGCGGUGGCGCCGGGCGGCACCGCGGUGGACACGGCCCCUGACUCCGCCUCUGGGUCACCAAGUAAAGAGCCCCGAAAGCUCAACACGUUUUUCGGGGUGAUGGUGCCGACCAUCCUCUCGAUGUUCAGCAUCGUUCUCUUUCUGAGAACGGGUUUUGUUGUUGGCCACGCGGGGCUCCUGCAGGGUCUUCUGAUGGUGGUUGUAGCCUACUUCAUCAUAACGCUAACCAUCCUGUCUAUCUGUGCAAUCUCCACCAACGGGGCCAUACAGGGAGGCGGCGCUUACUACAUGAUCAGUCGAUCGCUGGGCCCCGAGUUCGGGGGAAGUAUCGGUUUGAUGUUCUUCUUGGCAAAAGUGUUUGCAUGUGGAGAAUAUGUUCUUGGUCUGGUGGAGGCUAUUCUCGAUGUCUUUGGCGUGGAUGCUGAAACGUCCGUGUCCCAGGGCGCGCGCGUCCUGCCUCAAGGUUACUGGUUCACCGUGCUCUACUCUUCGGUGAUUCUCCUGCUGUGUCUGGUGGUGUGUCUGGUGGGCGCCCACAUCUACUCCCGCAUGGCCUUCGGCAUCCUGCUGCUCGUCACUGUAUCGCUGCUGUCCGUCUUCAUCAGCUCUUUGGCCGUUAAACCUCUGGAUUUUGUCAUCUCUCACGCGGGGGCCGGCAAUCAGACCGCGCGUUACAACGCCAGCUACACCGGCUUCAAUGUGACCACGCUGAAGAACAACCUGGGCUCUGGUUACUCAUUGGACUACAGCACCAACUCGGUCAUGUCGUUCGCCACCGUGUUCGCCGUUAUGUUCACCAGCUGCACGGGAAUCAUGGCUGGAGCCAACAUGUCAGGGGACCUGGAGACUCCAAGCGUGUCCAUCCCCAAAGGUACCGUCGUGGCCGUCAUGUACACCUUCAUUGUCUACGUCCUCUUCUUCGUCUUGGUCAGUGCCACGUGUGACAGGACUCUGUUGAUUCAGGAUUAUGGUUUCCUUCAACGAAUUAACGUCUGGCCACCGUUUGUGACCAUCGGGAUAUACUGCGGUGCCCUGUUUGCUGCAAUGUGCUCCAUGAUCGGAGCAUCCCGCAUACUGCACGCUCUUGCCGUGGAUCAUCUCUUUGGUUUGCCAUUAGCACCUGCUACUAUCACCACAAGCUCGGGGAACCCGUGGAUGGCCGUACUUUAUACGUGGGGACUAGCACAGUGUGUGGUGUUUGCAGGCCAGCUCAAUGCUGUUGCCAGCUUGGUGACGGUUUUCUACUUGCUUGCCUACGCAGCUGUUGACCUGGCUUGUUUGGCUCUUGAGUGGGCGUCUGCACCAAAUUUCAGGCCGACCUUCCAGUUUUUCUCGUGGCACACGUGUCUGCUGGGCAUCCUGAGCUGUUUAGUCAUGAUGUUCGUCAUCAACCCUGUGUACUCAUCGGGCAGCGUCGUCCUCCUGUUGCUGCUGCUGCUUUUCCUCCACUACCGCUCCCCCACCAGCAGCUGGGGCUACAUCAGCCAGGCCCUCAUCUUCCAUCAGGUGCGCAAGUAUCUACUGAUGCUGGACGUGAGGAAGGACCAUGUGAAGUUCUGGAGGCCGCAGGUGUUGUUAAUGGUGGCCAACCCGCGCUCUUCCUGUCAGCUCAUCCUGUUCGUCAACCAGCUGAAAAAGGGAGGACUGUACGUGUUGGGCCACGUGCAGCUCGGAGAUCUGGAUUCUUUGCCAUCAGAUCCUGUGCAGCAUCAGUACAACUUCUGGCUGAGCUUAGUUGACAAGCUCGGGGUGAAGGCCUUUGUAGAUCUGACGCUCUCUCCGUCUGUCAGACAAGGAACGCAGCAUCUCCUGCGUAUUACAGGCCUCGGCGGGAUGAAGCCCAACAUGCUGAUCUUGGGUUUCUAUGACAGCUGCACCCCCGAGGACUUCUUCCUCCAAGAUACCGCCUUUUGUGGCACGUCAGCGGGACAAGGCACAGAAGGAGACAAUUUUGGCGUCGACCUGCCUUCGUUGCAGGCCCAUUUCCCUCCCGUCCGACACGUGGAGAGCCCGCGCUGGCUUUCGCCCGAAGAGUACGUGGGGAUCAUUUCCGACGCCGUCAAAAUGAACAAGAACGUGUGCCUCGGACGAUAUUUCUUCCACUUGGAGGGAGAGGGGAAGCAGAGCAAAGUGGACGGCUCGGAGCGGACCAUCGACGUGUGGCCCCUCAACCUGCUGCAGCCGGGCUGUCGAGAUUAUCAGGACGUGUGCAGCCUCUUCUUGCUGCAGAUGGCAUGCGUGCUCAACAUGUCCAGCAAGUGGCGCCACGCAAGAAUGAGGAUCUUCCUCAACGUGGAGACCGAGUCCAGCGACCAGGGGUGGGUGGUAGACGAAGAGACGUUUCGAGAGUUGCUGAAGAAGCUGCGAAUCCGAGCGUCUAUCAAGAUCGUGCCGUGGGACUCGGUGGUGCAACAUCACACUCGGACUGGGGCUGAGGAGCAGAGCCACGCCCUUUCUGACCACUUCCUGUCUGCGGUGAACUCCAUGUUGAUGGAACACAGUUCUCAGGCCGCCGUUCGUUUCCUGUAUUUACCGCGGCCCCCCGCUCGUCACAGCCGUUCCCAGACGUACUUGGCCCAGCUGGAAGCGGUGACCAGCGGGUUGGGUCCGACGCUCCUCAUCCAUGGCGUCACCCCGGUGACGUACACGGAUCUUUAAGCUUGGGAGGCUUUCCUGACUGCUUGUGUAAGUUUAUAUAUAAGCACUGGUUACAUGUGGAUACAGUGGUUCAAAAAAGAAGCAACGCUCAACAGACACUUUAUUUAAUGAGGUCCAGUACAAGCAAUGUAUUAAAAAAAAAAAAUCAUGCUUAGUUUUGAUUGACCUUGUCAGGGAGGUUGAUUAUUUGACAUGAACAAUAUGUUUACUGUUGUGGUUGUAGCGAUGGCUUAAUUCUGACUUUGUCCAUCAAGAGUGAUCGUUAUCUUUGCGUUUUUCACGCAGCUCUUGCAUGAAAUGCUGCAUGCAUGUCCAGCUCGUGGCGUGCCUGCUGUCAGCCAAGUGUAAAUACGCGCUUGACUAGUUCACAUUCGAGUAGGAUACGUUCCUAUUUUCUUGCACUUCAACUGAUUUGGUGAUUAAAAAAUGACUAACUUGCAGUGUAUCUCCUACCCUUCGGGUUGACGAAUGUGUUAAAGAGCCUGAAAACAAAACUCCAAUUUUGACCAAUACGGGUUCUUUAAAUAUAGAAACGUCCAAAUAUAGAGUCAUAUUUUUAGGGAGGUCAUUCACAAUUUUGUGUUAUUUAAGACUGCGGGUGUUACAAUGGUACAUUGUCUGUUUUAAUGUUUUUUGUUUAGUUUUUUCCAGGACCAAAACAUGCAAAGUCAUUUUUUGCAGCUUACUUGAUGAGUUUCCAAUACUUACUCAAGAAUUAGAAACAACUCUGGCUGUGCUGACCUCCAGUCGAUAUUUCGCUUGCGUUGUUUUGCUCGUACAAAAGAUCAUUUCUAAUCCAGCGUUAAAGGGGAGCAGGAGUAACGAUGGAACAAAUACGGUCAAGAGUGUAAUGCUACUCGGUUAUUGUUUACCAAGUAUCAAAUACAUUUUCUUGAUGUGUUUUCUGUUGUGUUUCACAGUGCAUGUGACUUCACUAAAAACAGAAAAUUGCCUUUAAAAAAAAAAAAAAAAAAAAAAAAAAACAGAAGCACCUAACAUGACUCAGCGUUGCUUGUCUCAUCAUGCUCUGUUUUUUUGGUUUUUUUUCUGUAACACUGGAAAAGCCAUGUGUGUACAUUCAUGUCUUUACUGUAGCUUAACAUAGCUAAGUGCCGUUUGUCACAGGCAUCUAAAUACCAAUUGUAUGAUCCCGGCAAAAAGAGAUCAACUACAAGAGCUGCAUCAAAAUGUCGGCCUUUGCGUGGUAACGUCACCAAACAUUGCAGUCGUCCAUUUUCUGUCACGCUUGUCCUCGUGAGCUGCCAUUCACGCUCACACGCAAACCUCCGAGCUACGACGAAACUUCCAUUCAUUAACUUAACGGGUAUGUUUUUGGAAUGUGACGCCUCUCGACGCUGAGGCAAACGUGCUAAGCGUGCUGCCUGCUAACGCACUCAAAAUAUCCAAACAGCUCUCAGUAUGUAUGCUGCAGCGCAACUUACAAUAAUAAAUCAUACAAAUAAUCUUGUCAAUCAAGACUGAGCUUCGUCGUCCUUGGUAAGGCAGAUUUUCGGAUGCCGCUCAUGUGGUGGAUCUCAUUAGUUCGUGCCGGGCUACGAAAUGCUGUGGUCCGCGAGUGUACGUGUGUACAGUCAUCUUUGUAACUUUGUGAGUGCUUAAAUGUAAUAAAAUAUUGUGUCA